GCGCUGCGCUCGCGCGGCCCGAUCCCAGAACACGUCGCGAUCGUGAUGGACGGUAACCGACGCUUCGCCGCGUCGCGGUCGCUCCCAACGGGCGUCGGGCACAGCGCGGGCGCGGACAAGCUCGUGGACGUCAUGCGCUGGUGCCACCUCCUCGGCGUGCGCGUCCUGAGCGUCUACGCGUUCUCGAGCGAGAACUUCGCGCGGCCGCGAGACGAGCUCGACGCGCUGUUUUCGCUCGCGGAGACUCGCUUCGACGAUCUGGCGACGCACCCCGCGGUGACGGAGCGACGCGUCCGCGUCCGCGUGCUCGGCGACCUCGCGUCGCUGCCGAAGGGGGUCAGGGACGCCGCGGAGAGGGUGACGGCGGCGACGGCGGCGCACGACGGGCCGAGGCUGGACGUGUACUUCGCGUACACGGGGCGAGGGGACGUCGUCGGCGCGACGCUCGAGCGGUGCAUGCGCGGCGGCGCGUGCGCGGAGGACGGAACGUCGACGACCGUCGCGGUCGACCUCCUCGUGCGCACGUCCGGGGAGACGCGACUGUCCGACUUUACGCUCUGGGGGAUCAGGCGCGUUCUCAAACACGCGGUGCUGUGCUUCGCGGACGUGUUGUGGCCGGACUUUUCGUUCGCGGACAUGUGCCACGCGGUGUGGACGUAUCAGAAG